UGUCACGCCUGUUUUGGGGGAUGGAAAAAUAUCACUUGUGACUUUCAACACAAUCCCACUGCAGACUUUACAUUCUUUCAUCUGAAUCUGGGACACUGACAUUUACGAACCAUCAUUCCAUCGGCUUCAUCUUCUUCAGAAGAAGCUUCCCUUCAGCUGAGGGAGACAUGACUGGGGCAGAGAGCUUCAUCCUCAUUGGCUGCCUGCUGCAAGGGGCCCUGUGCAGUACCUGGUCAGCCUGGAUGCCUCAGAACAUACAAGCUCUGCAUGGAUCCUGUGUGCUGAUUCCCUGCACAUUCCAGAUUCCAUCUGACCAGUCAAAAAAUCUGAAAAAGCCAAUCGGAAUAUGGAGGAUAAAUACAAAGACAGGAAAUUAUGUGUUUUCAUCUAAUAAAACAUUUAAAAAUGACAUCCAAGGAAAGAUAAUCGGAAGAUUAACAAAGAAAAACUGCACCACAGUCCUGAAUAAUAUUACAAAGGACCGGACUGAUGGUUAUUUCCUUAGGAUUGAAGGCACCGGUAACCUUAAGUAUAAUUUUGAUGAGAAAGUGAAAAUUGAUGUAAAAGACUCUCCACCCAGCCCCCAGAUCACCAUAAACAGGGACAUGGUGAAGGAGGGGGGCUCUGUGACUCUGAGGGAGGGGGACUCUGUGACUCUGAGGGAGGGGGGCUCUGUGACUCUAAGGGAGGGGGACUCUGUGACUCUGAGGGAGGGGGACUCUGUGACUCUGACCUGUUCGGCUCCAGCUCCCUGUCCAUCACUCCCCCCGUCUCUGUCAUGGACCCCCAGGCUGAGUGACAGUAUCACUGUAUUUCAGGAGAAUGAUGAUCACACUAAACAUGUAUCUUCUGUUAUGAACUUUACUGCCUCACAUCUCCACCAUAAGGAGGAAGUCAAAUGUACAGCAGUUUACAGUCUCCAAGCCAACAACAGUGAGAGGACAUCCCACACAAAUGUGACUCUCAAUGUUCAGUAUUCUCCUAAAAACACUUCGGUGUUAAAUGGAAAAGACCGGAGUCUAACCUGCAACAGUGAUGCCAACCCAGCAGUGAACAAUUACACCUGGUAUAAAGUGACUGGGAGUGAAAUUAAAGUUGUUUCACACAGACAGAACCUCACCUGUAAUAUCACUGAGGUCAGUGGACAGUAUUACUGUCAGGCUCGGAAUAAACACGGCCUGCAGAAUUCAAGCACUGUGCAGCUCGACAGUGAAUACUCUCCACCCAGCCCCCAGAUCACCAUAAACAGGGACAUGGUGAAGGAGGGGGGCUCUGUGACUCUGAGGGAGGGGGACUCUGUAAAUCUGACCUGUUCGGCUCCAGCUCCCUGUCCAUCACUCCCCCCGUCUCUGUCAUGGACCCCCAGGCUGAGUGACAGUAUCACUGUAUUUCAGGAGAAUGAUGAUCACACUAAACAUGUAUCUUCUGUUAUGAACUUUACUGCUUCAUAUCUCCACCAUAAGCAGGAAGUCAAAUGUACAGCAGUUUACAGGCUCCAAGCCAACAACAGAGAGAGGACAUCCUACACAAAUGUGACUCUCAAUGUUCAGUAUUCUCCUAAAAACACUUCGGUGUUAAUUGGAAAAGACCGGAGUCUAACCUGCAGCAGUGAUGCCAACCCAGCAGUGAACAAUUACACCUGGUAUAGAGUGACUGGGAGUGAAAUUAAAGUUGUUUCACACAGACAGAACCUCACCUGUAAUAUCACUGAGGUCAGUGGACAGUAUUACUGUCAGGCUCGGAAUGAACACGGCCUGCAGAAUUCAAGCACUGUGCAGCUCGACUGUGAAUAUGUCAAAGCUCCGCCCACUUUGAUUGGCGCUGCAGCAGGGGCUGCUGGGAUGAUUCUCACCUGCAUCUUACUGACAAUUAUUCUCAAGAAAAGCUGCAUCAGACGGAAUCAUGGCAGUAAGAUACAGGAAAUGGGAAAAUUAACUUCGACAAUCCAGUGUGAAAAUGACAGUGCUGAGCUGCUCUAUGCCAGCAUUGACCACAGCGGAUUGACUGAACAGGGAACAGGAACCAUCCGAGGGAGCUCACAGAGCACUGAGUACGCAGAGGUCAAGCUUAAUACUCGGAAAGAGCAGGGAGGCACAGAGGAGAAGUCUGAGGCCCAGCAAGAACAGGAGUAGCAUGUCAGUGUCUUGGGGAUCGAUCCUGAACCCAGUGAUAAGAGGAAGGAAUCCCAGGAACCUGGUAGUGGGGAUGUGUCUGGAUGUGGCUUCAGAACCCCGGAAUCUACAGAGACCAAGAAGAGGAUAAUUGAAAUUGGGGUGAAACAAGAGACCAUGGAGGACAGGAAGAGCUCAGGGCUGGAUGAUCUGCUUUACACACCUGAACCAAAGGAGGAAGCAACAUAUGCGAACAUCUGCCGUCAGCUGGGCACCAAAGGUCUAGAUAAGAGGUAGCAACUGGGAGGCCAGCGGUGCCUAUGAUAGUCAGCAAGGUGAUCUUGCCAUUUUUAAUCCACUGAUUUCAGAAGAGAAGGGAGUGAUGCAGUGAUGAAGCAGGUUAACAAUCUGCAGUAUAAAAUCCAUCACAGCUGGAUUAUGGUAUUCAUACAUUGGCAGUGAACUGUACUUAUACUGUAUGUGUCUUCUGAAAAAUAAUUUUGAGAUGUGAAAGAAACAGUUUGUCUGAUUUAUUCGUGCUAAUCGUAAUACAUUUUAUGCAAAACCUUGUUCCAGUUUUAUUGUUUUACUGUCAUGUUUAUAGAGCAAUAAUUUUUUGUAGUUGUUGUGCCACAUGCUGUGAACCAGCUGGAACCAACCGUUGGAGUUUCAUGAUUCAGAACAGAAAUUUAAAUAACCACAAAAACAGGAAGUGACGGCAGUUAAUGUGCUCCACCUAUAUAAACACUAAGACAGCACAGCUUGCUAUGGAGUGUAGUUUGUUUUUUCCCCCUGCAUGUAUUUAAUAUUGAUGGGUGGUGCAAUGGGGUGGCAUGGUGCUACAGUCAUUAGCACUGUCACCUCCCUCCUCUAGGACCAGCAUUUAAGUCUCUGCCAAGGCUCCAUAUGUGUGGUGUUUGCAUGUUCUCCCCAUGUCGUCGUGGGGUUUCCUCCGGGUACUCUGGUUUCAAGAACAUGCUGAGGCUGAUUGGAGUUACUAAAUUGCCCGUAGGAGUGCAUGUGUGAGUGAAUGGUGUGUGAGUGAGUGGUGUGUGAGUGAAUGGUAUGUGAGUGAAUGGUGUGUGAGUGAGUGGUGUGUGAGUGAAUGGUGUGUGAGUGAAUGGUGUGUGACUGAGUGGUGUGUGAGUAUGUGGUGUGUGAGUGAAUGGUGUGUGAGUGUGUGGUGUGUGAGUGUGUGGUGUGUGAGUGAGUGGUGUGUGAGUGAGUGGUGUGUGAGUCAGUGGUGUGUGAGUGUGUGGUGUGUGAGUGAGUGGUGUGUGAGUGAGUGGUGUGUGAGUGAAUGGUGUGUGAGUGAAUGGUGUGUGACUGAGUGGUGUGUGAGUGAAUGGUGUGUGAGUGAAUGGUGUGUGAGUGAGUGGUGUGUGAGUGUGUGGUGUGUGAGUGAGUGGUGUGUGAGUGAAUGGUGUGUGAGUGUGUGGUGUGUGAGUGAAUGAUGUGUGAGUGUGUGCAUGUGUGAGUGAGUGGUGUGUGAGUGAAUGGUGUGUGAGUGAAUGGUGUGUGACUGAGUGGUGUGUGAGUGAGUGGUGUGUAAGUAUGUGGUGUGUGUGUGAAUGGUGUGUGAGUGUGUGGUGUGUGAGUGAGUAGUGUGUGAGUGAGUGGUGUGUGAGUGAGUAGUGUGUGGUGUGUGAGUGAGUGGUGUGUGAGUGGUGUGUGAGUGUGUGAGUCAGUGGUGUGUGAGUGAAUGGUGUGUGAGUGAGUGGUGUGUGAGUGAAUGGUGUGUGAGUGUGUGGUGUGUGAGUGAAUGAUGUGUGAGUGAGUGGUGUGUGAGUGAGUGGUGUGUGAGUGUGUGGUGAGUGAGUGGUGUGUGAGUGAGUGGUGUGUGAGUGAGUGGUGCGUGUGUGAAUGGUGUGUGAGUGAGUGGUGUGUGAGUGAGUGGUGUGUGAGUGUGUGGUGUGUGAGUGAAUGAUGUGUGAGUGUGUGCAUGUGUGAGUGAGUGGUGUGUGAGUGUGUGGUGUGUGAGUGAAUGAUGUGUGAGUGUGUGCAUGUGUGAGUGAGUAGUGUGUGAGUGAGUAGUGUGUGAGUGUGUGGUGUGUGAGUGAGUGGUGUGUGAGUGAGUGGUGUGUGAGUGAGUGGUGUGUGAGUGUGGUGUGUGAGUGAGUGGUGUGUGAGUGAGUAGUGAGUGAGUGGUGUGUGAGUGUGUGGUGUGUGAGUGAGUGGUGUGUGAGUGAGUGGUGUGUGAGUGAAUGGUGUGUGAGUGAGUGGUGUGUGAGUGAGUGGUGUGUGAGUGAGUGGUGUGUGAGUGUGUGGUGUGUGAGUGAAUGAUGUGUGAGUGAGUGGUGUGUGAGUGAGUGGUGUGUGAGUGUGUGGUGUGUGAGUGAAUGAUGUGUGAGUGAAUGGUGUGUGAGUGAGUGGUGUGUGAGUGAAUGGUGUGUGAGUGAAUGGUGUGUGACUGAGUGGUGUGUGAGUAUGUGGUGUGUGAGUGAAUGGUGUGUGAGUGAAUGGUGUGUGAGUGUGUGGUGUGUGAGUGUGUGGUGUGUGAGUGAGUGGUGUGUGAGUGAGUGGUGUGUGAGUCAGUGGUGUGUGAGUGACUGGUGUGUGAGUGUGUGGUGUGUGAGUGAGUGGUGUGUGAGUGAAUGGUGUGUGACUGAGUGGUGUGUGAGUGAAUGGUGUGUGAGUGAAUGGUGUGUGAGUGAAUGGUGUGUGAGUGUGUGGUGUGUGAGUGAGUGGUGUGUGAGUGAGUGGUGUGUGAGUCAGUGGUGUGUGAGUGAGUGGUGUGUGAGUGUGUGGUGUGUGAGUGAGUGGUGUGUGAGUGUGUGGUGUGUGAGUGAGUGGUGUGUGAGUGAAUGGUGUGUGAGUGUGUGGUGUGUGAGUGAAUGAUGUGUGAGUGUGUGCAUGUGUGAGUGAGUGGUGUGUGAGUGAAUGGUGUGUGAGUGAAUGGUGUGUGACUGAGUGGUGUGUGAGUGAGUGGUGUGUGAGUAUGUGGUGUGUGUGUGAAUGGUGUGUGAGUGAGUGGUGUGUGAGUCAGUGGUGUGUGAGUGACUGGUGUGUGAGUGUGUGGUGUGUGAGUGAGUAGUGUGUGGUGUGUGAGUGAGUGGUGUGUGAGUGUGUGGUGUGUGAGUGAAUGAUGUGUGAGUGUGUGCAUGUGUGAGUGAGUAGUGUGUGAGUGAGUAGUGUGUGAGUGAGUGGUGUGUGAGUGAAUGGUGUGUGAGUGUGUGUGUGGUGUGUGAGUGAGUGGUGUGUGAGUGAGUAGUGAGUGAGUGGUGUGUGAGUGUGUGGUGUGUGAGUGAGUGGUGUGUGAGUGAAUGGUGUGUGAGUGAGUGGUGUGUGAGUGAGUGGUGUGUGAGUGAGUAGUGUGUGAGUGUGUGGUGUGUGAGUGAAUGAUGUGUGAGUGAGUGGUGUGUGAGUGAGUGGUGUGUGAGUGUGUGGUGUGUGAGUGAAUGAUGUGUGAGUGAAUGGUGUGUGAGUGAGUGGUGUGUGAGUGAAUGGUGUGUGAGUGAAUGGUGUGUGACUGAGUGGUGUGUGAGUAUGUGGUGUGUGAGUGAAUGGUGUGUGAGUGAAUGGUGUGUGAGUGUGUGGUGUGUGAGUGUGUGGUGUGUGAGUGAGUGGUGUGUGAGUGAGUGGUGUGUGAGUCAGUGGUGUGUGAGUGACUGGUGUGAGUGUGUGGUGUGUGAGUGAGUGGUGUGUGAGUGAAUGGUGUGUGAGUGAAUGGUGUGUGACUGAGUGGUGUGUGAGUGAAUGGUGUGUGAGUGAAUGGUGUGUGAGUGAAUGGUGUGUGAGUGUGUGGUGUGUGAGUGAGUGGUGUGUGAGUGAGUGGUGUGUGAGUCAGUGGUGUGUGAGUGAGUGGUGUGUGAGUGUGUGGUGUGUGAGUGAGUGGUGUGUGAGUGUGUGGUGUGUGAGUGAGUGGUGUGUGAGUGAAUGGUGUGUGAGUGUGUGGUGUGUGAGUGAAUGAUGUGUGAGUGUGUGCAUGUGUGAGUGAGUGGUGUGUGAGUGAAUGGUGUGUGAGUGAAUGGUGUGUGACUGAGUGGUGUGUGAGUGAGUGGUGUGUGAGUAUGUGGUGUGUGUGUGAAUGGUGUGUGAGUGAGUGGUGUGUGAGUCAGUGGUGUGUGAGUGACUGGUGUGUGAGUGUGUGGUGUGUGAGUGAGUAGUGUGUGUGAGUGGUGUGUGAGUGUGUGGUGUGUGAGUGAGUGGUGUGUGAGUGAAUGGUGUGUGAGUGUGUGGUGUGUGAGUGAAUGAUGUGUGAGUGUGUGCAUGUGUGAGUGAGUGGUGUGUGAGUGAAUGGUGUGUGAGUGAAUGGUGUGUGACUGAGUGGUGUGUGAGUGAGUGGUGUGUGAGUAUGUGGUGUGUGUGUGAAUGGUGUGUGAGUGAGUGGUGUGUGAGUCAGUGGUGUGUGAGUGACUGGUGUGUGAGUGUGUGGUGUGUGAGUGAGUAGUGUGUGGUGUGUGAGUGAGUGGUGUGUGAGUGUGUGAGUCAGUGGUGUGUGAGUGUGUGGUGUGUGAGUGAGUGGUGUGUGAGUGAGUGGUGUGUGAGUGAAUGGUGUGUGAGUGUGUGGUGUGUGAAUGAAUGAUGUGUGAGUGAGUGGUGUGUGAGUGAGUGGUGUGUGGUGAGUGAGUGGUGUGUGAGUGAGUGGUGUGUGUGUGAAUGGUGUGUGAGUGUGUGGUGUGUGAGUGAGUGGUGUGUGAGUGAGUGGUGUGUGAGUGUGUGGUGUGUGAGUGAAUGAUGUGUGAGUGAGUGGUGUGUGAGUGAGUGGUGUGUGAGUGUGUGGUGUGUGAGUGAAUGAUGUGUGAGUGUGUGCAUGUGUGAGUGAGUAGUGUGUGAGUGAGUAGUGUGUGAGUGAGUGGUGUGUGAGUGAAUGGUGUGUGAGUGAGUGUGUGGUGUGUGAGUGAGUGGUGUGUGAGUGAGUGGUGUGUGAGUGAGUAGUGUGUGAGUGUGGUGUGUGAGUGAGUGGUGUGUGAGUGAGUAGUGAGUGAGUGGUGUGUGAGUGAGUGGUGUGUGAGUGAGUGGUGUGUGAGUGUGUGGUGUGUGAGUGAAUGAUGUGUGAGUGUGUGCAUGUGUGAGUGAGUGGUGUGUGAGUGAGUGGUGUGUGAGUGUGUGGUGUGUGAGUGAAUGAUGUGUGAGUGUGUGCAUGUGUGAGUGAGUAGUGUGUGAGUGAGUGGUGUGUGAGUGAAUGGUGUGUGAGUGAAUGGUGUGUGAGUGAGUGGUGUGUGAGUGCCCUCUGAUGGGUUGGCCCCCCGUCCUGAGCUGUUCCCUGCCUCGUGCCCAUAGGCUCCAGACCCCCCAUGACCCUGAAUAGGAUAACAGAUGGUGGUAUGUGCUACUGGCUUGUUCAGUUUCUUUGGUCGCACUUGCUUGGUGUAUUUUGGGUUGACUCACUUGGAUAUUUUGGUUGAGUUCGGUUAAUUUGUUGUUAAUUAUAUCAGCAUUGCAAUGGGCACACAUUACAAUGGUGACAUCAUGAAAGGAUGUGAUGUAAGAAAGAUUUUGAAAUAUCAGAAUUCAUUAAAAUGUUGUGAACACCA